AUGCCUCGCUCGUCUCGGCCUGUUACCGCGUCGCCUGAAGCGCCUGUGGCGCCAAAGCGACGCGCUUCAGCUCGACUUUCUGCCGGGGAACCAGAGGUCAAACGGGUCAGGUCAAACAUCGGCCUGCCCAACCGCGGGGCUAAAUCCACGACGAAGAAGAGCAAGUACUUCGAACCGGAAAGUUCUGACAAUCCUGGUCUUGAGUCCGAUGCCUCGCAGGGCGCCGACUCCGGCUCCGCGUACGAAGAAGGAAAGGAAUCUUCCUCAGAUGAGACAGAGCCGGAGGAGCCUUCCGAGAGCGAGGACGCCAAACCCAAGGGUAGCUCGCGACAAAGCGCCGGUAGCGCUAAGGGCCAAGAACUUUGGCGCGAGGGCGUCAGAGCCGGUCUAGGACCCGGCAAGGAAGUUGUCAUCGCGAAGCCCAAGGCGCGAGAGGCGGGCGAUACCCCAUAUGAGGAUGAGACAUUACACCCCAACACCAAGCUGUUCCUCAUCGACUUGGCGGAGAACAAUGAUCGCGAAUGGAUGAAGGCGCACGAUCCGGAUUAUCGCGCGGCAAAGAAGGACUUCGAGACGUUUGUUGAGAGUCUCACAUCCAAGAUAUCGGAAGUGGAUGCUACCGUUCCCGAACUUCCUCCAAAUGACCUGGUAGACACCCCCAACCAUGUCACCAUGUCACCUAUAUCACCCACAUGUAUCCUUGACAGGCCCCUCACUGAUGUUCCUAGAUCUUCCGCAUCCACAGGGAUGUUCGCUUCAGCAAGAAUCCACUUCCAUACAAGCGGCGCUUAUGCUGACAGUGACCAGACCCAUUUCUCUGCAGCUUGGUCUCGCACUGGUAAAAAGGGCCCAUACGCCGCAUAUUAUGUGCACUUUCAACCUGGCUCUUGUUUUGUCGGCUGUGGUCUGUGGAACCCAGAGGCAGAGCCUCUUGCCAUGCUCCGAGAGGACAUCGACGAGCACGCGGACCGCUGGAAGGAGGUACUCCGGGAGCCCGAGCUGCGCCGCGAGUUUCUGAAGGGAGCAUCGGAUGACGACGACGCGGUUGUGAAUGCGUUUACGCAUCAUAACAAGGAAUCUGCUCUCAAAGUCAAGCCCAAGGGUUACGAGGCGAACAAUGAGAAUAUCAAGUUGCUACGUCUACGCAGUUUUACCAUGGGAAAGCCCUUGGCUGAUGAGGAUUUGGCUGGUUCAAAUGCCCAGGAGAAGAUAGCUGCUUUGAUGGCUAUCAUGGAGCCCUUCGUGACGUAUCUGAACAGUGUAGUUAUGCCCGAUCAGUAA